AGUGGCUGCGACGUCACCCUGACCAACACCAAGCAGUUCUCUGCACGGACCGAAGUCUCAACUGCAUAACGGAAAUGGCGACCGCUGCUACUCUCACCCCUCAUGACGUUCAGACUACGCUGAACUACUACGCCCCAUUGGAUGGCUCGACAGAGGCGCCGUACCAGUAUGUGUACGACCCGCCUGAGGGCGUGGCCAAGAACAACCUCGACGUCGACCCGCAUCCUGCCGUGAUCUAUGACGCGCGCGGGCGGGACUCCGAGUUCUCCAUCGACACGAGCGGAUUCCAGUUCGUUAAGUACCCGAGCGUGGAGAAGGAGUUCGACGACGACGCCCGCAUCCAGGACGUGUACUACAAGGAGGUCGAGGAGUUGCUCAGGAAGGAGGUGGGCGCGAAGCGUAUCUUCAUUUUCGACCACACCAUUAGGAAGAAGCCUUCAGACGACAGUGACAGGAAUGCACUGGCGCGUGGCCCAGUAGAACGCGUCCAUAUCGACCAGACGUUCGAGGCCUCCGUGGCACGCGUGCGCUACCACCUCGCAGAGGAUGCGGACCGCCUGUUGCAGGGGCGCGUGCGUAUCAUCAACGUCUGGCGACCGAUCCACCACCCUGCGGCGCACAAGCCGCUCGCGGUUUCGGACUGGCGCUACCUCGAUACGGAGCACGACCUCGUCUCCGUGCGGCACAUCUACCCGCACCGCGAGGGUAGCACGUUCGGCGUGAAAUACAACCCGGGCCACAAGUGGUACUACCUGUCGAACCAGACCCCCGACGAGGUCACGCUCAUCAAGUGCUACGACUCGGAGGUGGACAGGGCGAGGCUAACGCCGCAUUCGGCGUUCCUGGACGCGACGACCCCGUCGGAGCUGCCGCAGCGCGAGUCGAUUGAGGUCCGCUGCCUCGUUUUCGACCAGGAGUGAUUGGGGGGCACAUAGCUGGUACGACCUGUACGAUGUAGAGUGUAGGAUAGUGCGAUCGGGCUUAUGUGAGAGAUUCUGUGUAUCUGGCAACGAGUGACGUUGGCUCGAGAAAUGCCGAACUUCCACCCGAGAG